CUCUCUCUCUCUCUCUCUCCUUCAAGACCUUCGUUGAAGCCUUCUCAAUCUCUCUCUCUCUCUCUCUCUCCAUUGUUUUCUCUGUUUUUUCUCUUAGGGUUUCUGCUCUGCUACUGAUGAGCUUUGCCGGAGUACUUGUUUGAAAGUCAGAGUGUGCAAAAUAUACUACGUAUUGUGAGCCAUGGAUCAAUCAGAGCGUUCUCAGCAUCAGCAACAAUCCCAGCAGGCUGCAGGCGGUGUUGGUGCAGGACAAUUACCAUAUUCUAAUCCUUACCAAACAGCUCCAAUGGGGGCGUCUGGAACGCCUGCUAUUACGAUUCCCCCGACUCAGCAACCAUCCAGUUUCUCCAACUCUCCACACCAGCUUGCCUUUCAGCAGGCUCAGCACUUCCACCAGCAGCAGCAGCAACAACAGCAACAACAGCUCCAAAUGUUUUGGGCAAACCAAAUGCAAGAGAUUGAACAAACAACUGACUUUAAGAACCACAGUCUCCCCCUUGCUCGAAUCAAGAAAAUAAUGAAAGCGGAUGAAGACGUCCGAAUGAUUUCAGCUGAAGCACCAGUUAUAUUUGCAAAGGCGUGUGAAAUGUUCAUCUUGGAGUUGACUCUGCGAUCCUGGAUUCAUACAGAAGAGAACAAAAGGAGAACUUUACAGAAGAACGAUAUUGCAGCUGCAAUUUCGAGGACCGAUGUCUUCGAUUUCUUGGUUGAUAUUAUUCCUAGAGAUGAACUGAAAGAGGAAGGUCUCGGAAUCACAAAGGCUUCUAUUCCUGUAGUUGGUUCCCCGGCCGAUCUUCCUUAUUACUAUGUUCCAUCACAACAUCCAGUGAGUGCUACAGGGAUGAUCAUGGGGAAGCAAUUAGAUCAAGCGAACAUGUACGGUGCCACUGCUCAACAGCCCCGACCUCCGAUACCUUUCAUGCCAUGGCCGCAUACUCAAGCUCAGCAGCAGCAGCAGCAACAACAAACUCAGCAGCAAAGUGACGCAUAGGUAAAAGUAGUAGAGAUCGCUUUCUGGACGGUCAUGAUAUGAUUGGUAGAGGCGAUGAUACCACCAAGUGACGUUUUUAUGUGUUUAAUUGUCUGAUUUAGUCCAUAAAAAAUAGGUGUAGUAGAGAUCUUAUCUUGUCAAUGAUGACAAGUUUCAGUUGAGUUUGUAUGAUGAGAGGGUGUUCAUCACUUAUUACUCUGAUUAUCUAUUUACUAUAAUGUACAACAAUGCUUGUGGAAGAGGAUUCAACUUUGCCAAAAA